AUGGAUAUACAAUAUAGAAGAAGAAGAAGAAGAAGAAGAAGUAGUGGUCGUAGUCGCGUUUGUCGUAAGAGUGAUUUAAAAAUCAAAGUUCAGUUCAGCUCAGUUUGCGAUCAAGACAAGAAGGAGAAAGAGGAAUAA